AUGGAUAUAUCCGUGCUUCGAUUUUCGUUAGAAUGGAGCGAGAGCUAUGAGCUGGCACGCUACCAGCGAGAGAAUGUUCCUCCAAUGGGCUACUACUCCUACUUUGGCAUCCACCUCGCCGACAUCUAUGAGAACUGCAGAAUUUCACUCCUCACCAUGAUUGGGGGGAGUUCGUUCCAGAAACACAUUGCGCAAAGGUACAUGCUCAUGGUGAAUAUGAUUGGUGUUUCUAUCGCUGUAUUCAUCGAGAUCCUUGAUCUCGGUAUCUCGGGCUUCCAGGCCUACACAUUGUGCCAACAGUGGAAGCAUCCCGUGAAUGAUGCAUGA